CUGGACCUUCUUGGACAUUUUGAAGUGUUCUUUCCUUCUUUGAGGAGCAGCAGUGAUAUGGACUCCAGGUGUGGUGACGUCCAGCUCUCUGUGUGUGUGUGUGGGAUGUCGUGUCUGGGCUGAAGCCCAUCCCUCUCCCAUGAGCCUGUGUGCCCACGCACACACCUGGCGCCUCCACGCACACACCCGGCGCCCACGCACGCAGAGCCGGCACUGACGCUGUCUGUGAACCGGACCCUCGGAGCCCAGCGGACCCCAGCCGAGCCGAGUCCAGCGCAGCCUGAGGAUGUCGACAGAGACGGAGCUCCAGCCGGCAGUCAGACCCGGCAGCGUCAGACGGGACUCCAAGAGGAAAGGGCAGGACCGCAGCGAGGCGGCUCUCAUCAGGCGUUUUAAAGGCGAUGGUGUUCGCUACAAGGCCAAGAUCAUCGGCCUGGACGAGGUCACCGCCGCCCGAGGAGACAAACUCUGCCAGGACUCCAUGAUGAAGCUCAAGGGCAUCGCUGCAGCAGCGCGGUCUAAAGGAGAACACAAACUGAAAGUGUUUCUGACCAUUUCCUUCGGAGGGAUCAAGAUCUAUGAUGAGAAGACAGGGGUCCUCCAGCACCACCAUGCGGUCCACGAGAUCUCCUACAUCGCCAAGGACAUCACGGACCACCGAGCCUUUGGCUACGUCUGCGGGAAGGAAGGGAACCACCGCUUUGUGGCCAUCAAGACGGCGCAGUCGGCGGAGCCUGUGAUCCUGGACCUGCGUGACCUGUUCCAGCUCAUCUACGAGAUCAAGCAGAGAGAGGAGAUGGAGAAGAAGGCUCAGAAGGACAAGCAGUGUGAGCAGGCGGUCUACCAGGUAUGCUUCUCUCUGCCCCUAACCUGGGUCUAA